GGAAGUCUCUCCGCAGCCAGCCAGAGAAAGAGAGCCGCCGGCGCUAGAGCGGCCAUGCGCUCGGUGAGCUAUGUCCGCCGGGUGGCUCUCGACUUCGGCGGCAGCCUCUUCCCGCGCGCCGUCGCCCUGGGCGACGCCGACAACGACACGCUGAAUGAACUGGUGGUUGGAGACACUAAUGGGAAACUGUUUGUAUACAAGAAUGAUGACAGUCAGCCUUGGACUUUGCGAUCCUGUCAAGGAAUGCUCACCUGCGUUGGGAUUGGAGACAUCUGCAAUAAGAAGAAGAAUUUGGUUGUCGCGGUGAGUGCCGAAGGUUGGUUUCAUCUCUUUGACCUCACGUCUCCUUCAAAACACGGGGAUGCGCUGGGCCACCACGAGCUCCUGAACCGAGAUGAUCCAAAGCUGGCAUUUAAGCAGCACAUCCCAGCCAACACCAAAGUGAUGCUGAUUGAUGAUAUCGAUGGAGAUGGAAAAAAUGAAUUGGUGAUCGGCUACACUGACCGCGUGGUCCGAGCCUUUCGGUGGGAGGACUCCGCGUCCGAGGGCUCCAACAGCCUCUCUGGGCAGCUGGUGCUGCUGAAAAAAUGGCUGCUGGAAGGACAGGUGGAUAGUCUCUCUGUGAACUCAGAUGCCGAUGGCUCCCGCCAGAUGAUGGUCUCCCAGCCAGGCUGUGGUUACGCGGUCUUGCUCUGCACUUGGAAACAAGAGCAGCAGCCUCCCACCGAGAGCGUGGACAGCUCUGCAUCCGGCAGGGAAGGCCCCAUCCGGGAUGUCAUUCUUCACCAGACGUCGGGUAGAAUUCACAACAAGAACGUUUCCACUCAUCUGAUAGGAACCAUUGGCAGAGGUUGUUCAAAGGAGCCGAAAGGCCUCGGUCUGUUUGCGCUCUGCACUUUAGAUGGGACCCUGAAGCUCAUGGAGGGAGCAGACAAGCUGCUGUGGUCUGUCCAAGUGGACCACCAACUUUUUGCUCUGGAAAAACUGGACGUCACGGGAAACGGUUACGAGGAGGUGAUCGCUUGCGCUUGGGAUGGACAGACGUACAUCAUCGAUCACAACCGGACGGUGGCCAGGUUCCAAGUGGAUGAAAACGUCAGCGCCUUCUGUGCCGGCUUCUACUCUUGUAAAGGAGACCAUAACAGCCCUUGCCUGGUCUACGUCAGUUUCAACCAGAAGAUCUACAUCUAUUGGGACGUGCAGUUAGAAAGGAUGGAGUCCACCAAUUUGCUGAAGACGCUCGAGAAUAAUUCUGAAUGCGGAGAACUCCUGCUUCGUCUGGAUAUAGCCAAAGAUGACAUUUCAGCCGUCAAGGAUCUGAUUCACAAGACCUUAUACUUCCCCAAGAAAGCUGUUAAGUAGUCUCGGCGCGGAAGAAACUCCAUCGCCAGCACUCUUGAUAUGCUUCGCCGGGCUCCUUAAGACUCCGAUGUCCUGUGUUCCAGUCCUGCCAGGGCGUAAUCAGGAACGAGCAACUUGCAACGGAAGUUUUACGAGCCCUGGUGGCGCAGUGGUUAGAAUACAGCAUUGCAGGCUGGCUCUGCCCACUGCCAGCAGUUCGAUGCUGACCGGCUCAAGGUUGACUCAGCCUUCCGUCCUUCCGAGGUCGGUAAAAUGAGGACUCAAGAUGGUUGGGGGCAACAGGCUGAGCCCGUAAACGGCUUAGAGAGGACUGUAAAAGCCCUGUGAAGCGGUGUAUAAGUCUUAAGUGCUAUUGCCAAGAUAUGCUCCCUCUGUCCUUAAAAGCCGAAAGGCGCAAGGUUGAAUAUAUAAAUAUGUACGUGUAUAUAUGUAAACAUGUCAUUAGGAUGAAUCUUGUGUUGUUACUUUCUUCCCCUUGGUCUUUAGUUACGGGUUUUUAAGGAAAGCUUCAAUAAAGAAAAGUCGUGACCUCGUU